AUAUUCUAAAGUUGAUAUGAUGAAUAUUGAUACUAUUAGCUAUAAAGUUACCUCAUGAAUGGCUACUUUGUAACCGACUGUCCCAACGACUUCUCUUGGGUGGAUUCUUCUUCUCCUCACCCGACACUCCGUAACCUAGCAACGCGGGAGCAAGUGGAACCAAGAUGUUCCUCCGUGGAACAACGCUUUGUCGAUUGAAAUGGGGCCGCAUGAAGCAGCAGUGGUGACUGGGAAAAACAUUCUCUACCCUUCCUUAAUCAGUUCUCAGAAAAAUACAUGUAAUAGUUUAAGGUAAAAAGGAAAUAAGCAGUAACCAUGGGAAGAUGCUUGCUUAUUAUUAGCUAGGUUUAUUUGUCAGCUAAUGAAUGAGUCAAUAUUCGAUUAUAAGCAAUUUCAUGCUAGUGUUGCGUUGGACUUAGUUUGGACGAGACAUUUUGUGCAUGUGCCCGUUGCCAGCCCCUGUACUUAUUUAGCACAUCUGAUAUCAUGGAUUGUAUAACCUUGGGUCGAGAAUCUAAUGACCAGCAGCCGACCUGUGACCCCGAGGAAGAUGCCAUGGAUGUGGGGAUGCACACCUUCAACCACACCCAUAUGAGAAAGGCAUUUCAGCUGAUGAAUGACAUGAGGAGUAAGAAUAUGCUGUGCGACGUUCUGUUGGUGGCAGGAAAUGUAGAGGUGACAGCUCACAAGUUGGUGCUAGCCUCCUGCAGCCCCUACUUCUGUGCGAUGUUCACAGGGGACAUGAGUGAGAGCAAAGCCCAGCAGGUGGAGAUCAGGGAUGUGGAUGGCCAAACACUAAAAAAACUGGUGGACUAUAUCUAUACAGCUAUGAUUGAAGUAACGGAGGACAACGUUCAGGUGCUCCUGCCUGCAGCCAGCCUCCUGCAGCUGAUGGACGUGAGGCAGGUGUGCUGCGAGUUCCUGCAGAGCCAGCUGCACCCCACCAACUGUCUGGGCAUUCGAGCCUUCGCCGACCUCCACACCUGCACACAGCUCCUCAACCAGUCCCAUGCCUACUCUGAGCAGCAUUUUUCUGAGGUGAUGCUGGGAGAGGAGUUCAUGGGCCUGUCUCUGCAGCAUGUGUGCGGUCUCAUAUCCAGUGACAAACUCACAGUGUCCACAGAGGAGAAGGUAUUUGAGGCCAUUGUUGCAUGGAUAAAGCACGACAAGGAGGCUCGUCUGGAGCACAUGCCAAAGCUGAUGGAGCACGUUCGUCUGCCACUACUGUCCAGAGAUUACCUAGUACAGAUAGUGGAGAAGGAGGCCUUGAUCAAGAACAACAACUCCUGUAAGGACUUCCUGAUCGAGGCCAUGAAGUACCACCUCCUACCCGCUGACCAGCGCCACCUCAUCAAGACCGACCGGACACGCCCACGCACGCCUAUCAGCAUGCCCAAGGUGAUGAUAGUGGUGGGUGGGCAGGCUCCUAAGGCCAUCCGUAGUGUGGAGUGCUAUGACUUCCAGGAGGACCGCUGGUACCAGGUGGCUGAUCUGCCGUCCAGACGAUGUCGAGCAGGUGUGGUGUUCAUGGCAGGGAGGGUGUACGCUGUGGGAGGCUUCAACGGCUCGUUGCGGGUCAGGACGGUGGACAUGUACGACGGGAUGAGAGACCAGUGGACCACAGUUCCCAGCAUGCAAGAGCGGCGCAGCACUCUGGGUGCAGCCGUGCUGGGGGACCUGCUCUACGCUGUGGGGGGCUUCGACGGGAGCACAGGCCUGUCGUCAGUGGAGACCUACAGCUAUAAGACCAAUGAGUGGAUGUUUGUUGCUCCCAUGAACACGAGACGCAGUAGUGUCGGAGUGGGAGUGGUGGAUGGGAAGUUGUAUGCGGUGGGUGGCUACGACGGGGCAUCACGGCAGUGUCUCAGCACGGUGGAGGAGUACAACCCAGUCAGUAACCAGUGGGGCUACAUGGCUGACAUGAGCACCAGACGCAGCGGAGCAGGUGUUGGGGUGCUAAGUGGGCAGCUGUAUGCAGCAGGGGGUCAUGAUGGGCCCCUGGUGAGGAAGAGUGUGGAGGUGUACGACCCACCUAGUAACACCUGGAGACAGGUGUGUGACAUGAACAUGUGUCGGAGGAACGCUGGUGUGUGUGCUAUAAACGGACUGCUGUAUGUGAUUGGAGGAGACGACGGCUCUUGUAACCUCUCCUCAGUGGAGUAUUACAACCCUGCCACAGACAAGUGGAGCCUCAUACCCACCAACAUGAGAAACGGCCGAAGCUAUGCAGGUGUAUCCGUUAUAGACAAGCCUUUAUGACUAUCAGGCCCCGACGGCAGCAGGACCCCACAGCCACAGGUAGCAAUCAAAGGGAGCCACACAGACGUCUGAUUUCACAGUCAACUCCAUGGAGUAACACUAGCCUGACGGGUGGCUCAGGAGGGAGGGAGACCCCAGCCCGGACAGUGCUCUGCGGAGCUGCAGGCUCAGCCCUGUGACUGUAACUGCAUUCCUUCCAGGCAGAGUGGACUUGAGAGAGACAUUGGUUUCCAUGGUCAAAAUGACCCCAAGACUCAACAAAUCUGCCUGGAUCAGAGUGUCUUAAGACUGGAGGGGGCCUGUUUUCCUUCAGCCUCACGGGGCCAUUUAGCUACAUUAGUAUUAGGAGGGCCUCACUCCCCUCGGACUCCUUACAACUGAUCAGAGGGGGAAAUAAACUGGCCUUGUUUUAAGGGAUGGACUAAAUGAGCUAGGACCAAGAAGAAGGUUGUUGAUUGGCCUGGGAAACUAGACUGCAGUCAGUCUGCGGCGUGGGACUGUGACCGUGCAGACACACAUUGUGCUAACAUGGGCCUCUCAAACCAACAAUGAGCUCUGGCAGUGUUGUAGGACUUGAGUCUGACUCAAGUCCCGAUUUUCUUUAUUUUAUUAAAUUUUUUCAAAUUUUGUAUUUGCACUUGGACUGGAUAGGCUACUAUAAUAAGGAGAAUAUUAGCAGCACUGGGUGCGCAGAGCAUCGAGGGUUCUGUUCUCUAGCAGUGGGAAGGACGUGCCACACACAGCCUACAUCAGCUGGUGAGCUGCGGGGGAGCAAGACCGGAAGGCAGGCGCCGCCUCCAAUCAUUGGCCGCUACACAUCGCUUACUAUUUAGCUUUGACUGGUUAAGAAACAAAAACUGGUUUUUGAAAUGUAAAACAGUACUAGUGUUGAGUUUAAUAGUUAAACAACUUUGUAGCUAUUUGUCUCUCUCUCUACCCUGAGGAUAGAGAAGUAAGUUGUCUUUGAAUUUGUCGUCUCGCUCUAGCCGCCCACUUUCCCCCCUGCAUCCCAUCGCCAGGGAUGUAUUCAUUACUGAAACUGUUUACUGUUUAAGAACCAGGGAUGUAUUCAUUACGGAAACUGUUUACUGUUUAAGAACCAGGGAUGUAAUUCAUUACGGAAACUGUUUACUGUUUAAGAACCAGGGGUGUAUUCGAUACGGAAACCACUUACAGUUUAAGAACCAAACAGAGAAAAGGAAACUGGGAGGGAAGUACCUGAAUUUGUCCAAUAGAAACUCUUGUUUGCGGUUUCCGUUUGGAGUAAAUGAUUUAGAAAAGUUUUGCAACAGAAUCGGUUUAAUGGUUAUACCCCUGGCUCUGACAAGUCUCCCUUUAGUUUUCAAUCUGCAAUAAAAAACCUAAUCAAAUAUCAGUGGGCGGUAGCUGAGAGCCUGACUUAAUUUAUGUAGUAAAUAAGUAGUGAAACACAGGUAUAGAGUAGAACUUGUGAGGUAGUGAUGAUUAGUAAGUGAGGUUCUUUUCUUCAUGAGGGAGUGGUGAUAAUCAGCCAUUUGGUGGCAACUAGAAACAAUGGCUUAAUAAGACCUAUUAUAAAUUGAUGGACUAGUGACUUGACUCAUGACUCGAACUUGGACUUGACUCGGACUUCAGCCAUAGGGACUCGUGACUUGACUCGGACUCGAGCACAGGGGACUUGGGACUCGAGGUUUAGUGACUCGACCACUGAUGUAGAAAUGCCCUGAUGAUCAGGUCAGUCUCUCUGUUCUCGAUUGGAGACCUAUGGACUGCAGGACUGCGGCACUAUGGUCACUACCAAGGUGAAACCAACAGGCUUUCACUGUCUGCAGCCUGAUUGGGCGCUCCCUUUUUAAUAUCACCUGUGCUACUGGUCUGAAGAACUCAGCAGGCAGACUGGAGGACCAACCUGGACCAGCAUUUACCAGGAGCCACAUGCCUCAAAUACAAUUUCCAAUUUUAAAUCGAUAUUGUAUUUUUUCUCAUAUUUGAAUUGGCUGCAAUGGGGCACCAUGUUAAUGUAGUGUUUUAAAUGCACUGUAAAGACAACUGCAAAGUAAUACCCAAGAUACACUCAGUCUUAACUUGGCGCGCUGUAUGUGCCAUACUGUUUUCAUAAUGUGUCUGGGGGUUUGUUCACAAACCUUGUCUCUCUCUGAAGGAGAAGUGCCAAAUUGAUGCAAAAACAACGUUAGACAAUGAACACCGUGUGUAAGAAUGAAUGCAUUAUCACCUUUUUGUUUUGUAUUAAGCUAAUUUACUGUAACAUGAGCAAAAUACUACUGUACAACUUCUGGAUCAGGGCCAAUAAUUCUGGUUAACAUUAUUUCAAGCUCAGAACAUAUUUUACCAGGGUUUCAAUUAAAUGUUUUCUUUUUGAAUAAUAAUGAAUCUCUUGACUUGAAGUGGAGUUGACCCCUACUGUCUUUUUCUACGCCUAGCCUAAACUGUCAUUUUUUUCACUGAGAUUCUGGUAUUUUAAAUUAUUCUAUAUACUGCACAAUCUGUAGGUUUACUAUGGUUAGCCACCCCAGAGCAAUGUUGAAAUAUGCAGGACAUAGGCAACUUGUAUAAUGUUAAGUAUAUUAAAUAUUUUAUCAAGGUCAGUGAAAUAUUUUCUAAGGUUUAUUUGUAGAUAUUAAAUGAUAGUACCACCUUUAGAAUUCUCUUGAGCAUCAGUCCUCUGUUCAGGGAGUGGUUCCAUUUGGGUAUAUGGUUACGGUGGUUCCAUUUGGGUAUAUGGUUACGGUGGUUCCAUUUGGGUACAUGGUUACGGUGGUUCCAUUUGGGUACAUGGUUACGGGGGUUCCAUUUGGGUACAUGGUUACGGGGGUUCCAUUUGGGUACAUGGUUACGGGGGUUCCAUUUGGGUACAUGGUUACGGGGGUUCCAUUUGGGUACAUGGUUACGGGGGUUCCAUUUGGGUACAUGGUUACGGGGGUUCCAUUUGGGUACAUGGUUACGGUGGUUCCAUUUGGGUGCAUGGUUACGGGGGUUCCAUUUGGGUGCAUGGUUACGGGGGUUCCAUUUGGGUACAUGGUUACGGUGGUUCCAUUUGGGUACAUGGUUACGGUGGUUCCAUUUGGGUACAUGGUUACGGUGGUUCUAUUUGGGUACAUGGUUACGGGGGUUCCAUUUGGGUACAUGGUUACGGGGGUUCCAUUUGGGUACAUGGUUACGGGGGUUCCAUUACUGUACAUGGUUGCGGUGGUUCUAUUUGGAAACGUGGUUCUAUUUGGAAACGUGGUUAUGGUGGUUCUAUUUGGAAACGUGGUUAUGGUGGUUCUAUUUGGAAACGUGGUUAUGGUGGUUCCAUUUUUAAUUUUAAUUUCUAGAACAUCUGACUCUUCAUAGAACCAAGGUCCCUUCCAAAUCACCAUGAGCAGUUUUACUUUACACUUUCAAUGCUACUGAAACGAACCUGGCUUUUUAUUAACUUGGACUAUGCAGCUGACUGUGAGCCACCAUUGUAAGAUGUGGAUUGGUAGGAGGUGUGUGUGUGAGACUCAGACUGGGAGUGUAUGAGGAUGACAUCUGUAGUUGUCAGUAACUUUAUUAGUGAAUGCCAUCAGCUCAGCAGCCAUGUUUGUGGCCUUGUACAUUACAUUUCAAGCCACUUGUCAUACGGAAUGUAGGGCUACUUUCUGUAUUGGUGGGAAUAGUAAUACACCAUAUAUUAUUACUAGCUAUCUACAGCAUGUCACUGACAAUCCUAGACUGAGCAGGGUCACAGGGGGAAGAUCUCAAUUGCAUACUCCGCGUCCUCUCUCCUUGUCUCCUUCUCAAAACCCAUUGGAUGAGAAAGCCAUAGGACCCUCCCCUCUGACCUUCUCAUCCAAUGGGAUUUGGAGUAUGGAGUAUGCAAUUGAGAUCUUCCCAGGGUCCCUCUGGAGAGGUGUGAUCAGAGGUCAGAGCUGGACCACUCAGGGACCUGCACUGAGCCUGCAUAACAACACCAGCCUGGGUUUACAGACCAUGGGUGUCCAAAACCCUGUAUGGCCUUACUGCGUCCAUUCCACCCAACCUGUCCUCAUAUAUCUUCAGCUGCUCUGUUUAUGACCAAUAAAAAUGGCCUUGCAUUUUAAGUG